UUUCCUGCAGGGGGGAGUGGGAGCUUCAUGAAACUCAGGUUCCUGCUUGUGGAUCCAUUGUUACACAGCUUCAUUUCAUUUCCAAGGAUCCUGUUGAAGAUACCCCAUCAAUUCUACAUGCUCCCUGUACCAUCACAGAAACCCAAGCCAAUAAGGAUCAGGAAUCACAGCUAGAAACUGGUGCUCAGAAAGAAGUCACAAAUGGUCUUUCACAACCACAAAUCAUCCACAAGGAGGGCAAGAUCAACUCCCAAGAGGAGCAGGAGCUGGCAAAGUUCAGACAGGUCGAAAGAAACAAUACUGAGCUGGAGAAGAUGCGAAUUAACUUUGAGUUGACUAUGCUGAAAUACCAACAGUUAGAGAAUGAAAAGCAGCGGCAACAUGAGGAAAAGAUGGAGCAGAUGUGUCAGCAGGCACCACUGAAACCAGCAGGUUCACAGGAGGUGGAGCACCCUGGUAACAAAUUAGAUCCAAUAACUGAAAUUGAACUGAAGAAGAUGCGUAUGGAGUUUGAACUGAGCAAGCUGAGAUAUAUCUAUGAGGAGAAUGAAAGACAGAGGCAGCAUGAGCAGAAAAUGCUCAAGGAGAAGGAAAAGCAAUGGCAACAUGAAGAGAACAUGGAGGAGACGCAUUGGCAGAAACUACCCAGAAGGGGAAGCCAAAAGAAUCCCAGUGGCAAAACUGAAGCCACUGCUGAAAUGGAGCUGGGGAAUAUGAAGAUAGAACUUCAGCUGACCAUGCUGAUAUACCUGAAGGACAUGAAUGAAAAGCAGAUGCAGUGUGAGAAGAGGAAAAAGAAGGAAAAGAAAUCUCUGGAACAGGCAGAGGAGGAAAAGCAGAAGGACACAAAGGAAGAGAAACAAGAGGAGAUUAUGAAAGAGCAGGUGCCAUGUACAGUAGUAAGUUCAGAAGAACCAGAAUGGUUAAACAACAGGUUUGAUUUAGCAGUUGAAUCAGAGCUGGAGAGGAGACGGAUGGAGUUUGAACUCACCCGGCUCGAGUAUGAACAUAAGGAGAAUGAGAAACAAAGGCAGCACGAGGAGAAGAUGGAGCAGAUGCAUCAGCAGGCAGCACUCAGCGAGCUUGCAUGAAAAACCAGGACCUGAUCCUGCCCCAGUUUAUGGGUGCUUACUUUCCAAGUGAUGGCUUACCAACAUCCAUAUUCUUUGCGCACCAAGAGAACAGCUCUCCCAUUUGCUACAAAACUUUGCUCUGCAUGCUAUUAGCAUUCUUAUACUGAGUUACAGUAUUCUGGCAUCUUUAUGUCCUGUGAUUCCUUUGUGAUAUCUUCAUAUAUCAUAAUAGGAAAAAGAGAGGAAAUGACUACUUCUGUGUCCCAAUAGCCAAAUCACAGUUUUUAGAGUAAGAAGUUGGUGGGAGUUUAUAAGCUUCAUUUGAACUCACUGCCCCCAGGGGAAACAAAACCUUCAGCUGGCCAGCUUCACAUUUACUGCAAAUUGGGAUAACUAAACUGAUGUCUGGAGUCACUUUUGUUUACACCUAAUAAGGCUCUGGAAUAACUGGAACACUGAUUGGAAUAAUUUUGAACACUGAGGCUGCUCCA